CGUGAGACUCGCGAUUUUUUCUUUUUCGUGUUGCAAGAACAAACCAAAGGAUCGUAAGCAGAAAGUGCCAACAGCCACGCUGCAAUCACAAAACAAAACGGAGCAAGCCAUCAAACAAUCCACACAACUACGUACCGUACCGUACCCAACCGAACCCAACCCAACCCGAGAUGAGGAUCCAUCGCUCCAUCGUUUCGGCGCUGGCGGCGACCGCGGGAUUCGCCUCCUAUUCCGAGGCCUUUGCGGCGCCGAGGCUUGCCGGCAGCGCCUUGGCUGCCCCCGGUUUGGCGGCCCGGCCCUCGACCCCGCUGUUCUCCACCACGGAGGACGCCGAGGCGGCACCCUGCGACGCGCCCUCCGGUGUGGAGAAAGCCGUCCUGGAAAACGCCUCCGCCCUGACGGGUGCCACCCUCACCAACCACAAGGGCGAAACCGUGGUCCUGGGCGAUCUGCUCCAAAAGGACACCUCCAACGUCGUCGUUUUCCUGAGGCACAUGGGGUGACCCUACUGCUGGACGUACGCCAACGAUUGGGAGGACGUCCGGGAGCAACUGAAACGCAGCAACGUCGGCGGGCCCUUCUUUGUCAGCAUCGGCGACGAGGAAAAGCUCGGCGCUUUUCUGGAACAAAACCCGGCCAUCGAUCCUGGAUCCAUGCUGGUGGACGGCUACGGCUUUGACGCCUACGAGGCCGCCGGCUUUGGAAAGUUCACGGACGUCGACCCCGAGACCGCCAAGCAGGUCAAGAUGGAGGCCCCCGGCCUGAGCUUUGGCCAGUGGAUGGGCUACUUUCGGGCGGUCGGAAAGACCUCGCCGAUCCCCAAGGGCAUGGGCUUUGGGGAGAUCCCCGAGGGCGUCCUGCGGCUGGGCGGGACCUUUGUGGUCCGAAACGACGAGGUCCUCUACCAGUGGAGCGACCGGCUCCCGGGAGACCACCCCGACCUCACCGAGGUGGUGACCCUUGCCGUCGCCAAGGCCGGCAAAUAGGGGAACAAACAACGCCCGUUCUAGUAGCCCGCAGCUUUUUCGGUUUCCCUUGAUCCACCCCCGAGCCCAGCGCCCCGGCCGAAAGGCCUGCGAAUGACGUUCCCGGCAAGGCCCCUGUCGCGAGGCGGGGAGUGCGGCACCCGGUGCGAGGCACCGCCGCGUUCCUCUCCCGCGUGCACCACGGGGCCGAGCCGGGGACCGACGUGCACGGCCCGUGCCAACCGCCGCAAGGAGCAAGGCAGCCGGAGAGGAGCAAGAAGCCACCGCGGCCCGGAACCUACCCUUUCGAAACUAUAACC